CAUGAUUGCAUGCUUACAUAUGCUUACUAAACCUUGUGGCUCAAGCUGCAUUCUAGUUCACCCAAUUGCUUUCAAAGCUUUUGAUGUUGGCAGUGUGCACAGGCACAUCAGCCUGUGGCAGAAUCCAAUAGCUGCCAUUGUGUUUCACUGCGCACUAGUCAGAGUUCGACUAUGGCAGAAGACGAAGUGGUUCGUGACUUCAAGAAGCAGCUGUCUCGGGGACAUGAAGUGAGCCGACAAAGAGCUUUACUUCCCUCGCGGAGUAGCAGCUUUCCAGACUUGCGCGGCGAGCUUCUUUUCCCAGAAAUUGGUCGAGCAGGGGACAUUGCACAGCCAGGAGGCUUUCGGCGGGAGCAUGUCCUGCGCCAGGCUCCGAAUUCAGCUGCAGAGCGGCCGCUGCUGAGUUCGUUGCUGGACCCCCGCUUGCAGUCAUACUUUUCCAAAAUGGAACUCGAAAGUGAAGUCUCUGCCCCUGCAACAGGAGCUUCAAACCUUUCCACCAUCCUGGUAAUCCUCAAGUCCACAAUUGGUGGCACACUCAUCAUCAUUCCAGGAGCCUUUUCGAGGACUGGACUUCUUCUGGCACCUCUAGUCUUGUUGUUUGUUGGUGGUGUCGAGAUCUAUUGCAUGGUCCUCCUUGUGAAGUGUGUCCGCAAACUUGGAGGUGGCUCCUAUGGUGAUAUCGCUCGCACAUCAAUGGGUGCUUUCGGGACGUGGGCCGUUGAUUUGAGCAUUCUCCUAUCGCAGACGGGUUUUGUUUGUGCCGAGAUGCUCUACGUGGCAAAGAACUGCAGUAGGGCGUUGGCAUCAUUUGGCUUAAGAUCGGCUUUCACAUCUGAAACGGGCAUUUUGAUGCUGCAGUUGCUGGUGGUGAUUCCGAUGAGCUGGAUUCGGAAGCUCCAGUACUUUCAGGUGUCCAACAUCAUCGCCAAUACCACAGUGCUGCUUGCUUUGGUGUUUCUCUUGGGCUACUCCUUCAGUGGCUUGGUCGCUCAUGGUCCUGGGGUUGGAGUUGAAGCUACGGGCCCCAAUUGGAUGAUAUUUGCCGGAACGGUUGUUUUCUCUUUCGAAUGCAUCAACUUUGUGAUCCCGAUGUAUGAUGCACAUGAAAAGAAGGAUACAUUUGCACCAAUCUUGGUAAUCACGUUGCUGGGUGUUUGCGCUCUUUUCAUCAUAUUUGGUGGAGUCAAUUAUGCCUACUACGGCGAGAACACGCACCCGGUCAUCACCUCAAACUUGCCCGAGGGCUCCCAAGUAGGCCGUGUGAUACCCUUUGCCUUUGCAUUGGCCUCCCUAUUCAAUGUGCCACUAUUUCUCUUUCCUGCUGCAAUCUACUUGGAAGCACAAUGCUUCAGCAAUGUGCCCAAGUCGCGUGCAAGAACAUGGAUGAUCAACGGAAUGAGGACCGCCCUGAUCCUGUCAUGUGCCUUUGUUGCUUAUCUGGGGAAGGAUAAGAUCGAUGCUUUCAUUGCUUUGAUUGGUUCGGUUUGCUGCGUCCCGCUUGCCUUUAUAUUCCCAGUGAUUUGCCACUUAAAGGUCUGCCAACCAAACCAGCAGACAUUAGCGAUACAUGCUGCUGUGCUGCUAUUGGGCAUGGUCUUAUUUGUAUACACGUCUUUCUCAGCUGUCAAGCAGCUGGCUGCUCUUGGUGAGGCUCAGUCAGACUGAGCUGUGAACAAACACCCUCCUGGGCUAGUUGGGCCGGAAGGAA